AUGAGUGACAAUACAGAACACAGCUGCGCUACAUGUGGCAAAAGCGCUUCAUUGCAGUGCGGCCGCUGCAAGAACGCUUGGUAUUGCAACAGGGACUGUCAAAGAAGCGACUGGAAGACCCAUAGAAAAGAUUGCAGCGAAGGGGAUCUGGACAGAAUCGUGACACGCGCCGGAACGCUGCUUCAGGACGUCUUCUUGAUCUUUGCAGAGCGCACAUACGCCAGUAACGUCGUCAAUGUCGAGGACAAAGGCGAUGAGCUCGUGAUCAUCGAUGGGCCCAGACAGCCUGGCCAAUAUUUCUACGCCUUUCCAAAAAACCUGGUCCACGAUGAGUCAGACAAGAAGAUGAUUCUAUGCGCAGAGAUGUGCACUGAAGCCAUCGGCUACUUCCACGACUUCCUCAAAGAGCUACUGACAAAUAAGUGUUCCUGCACGCGAAGGCAACAAUGUCAAGCAAGAGCUCCGCUAACACUAACAAAAGAGACACGAGUCAAAACCUGGGUCAUUGACCCUACCGGCCCACAGUUUAGCAUAUUUACUCCAGUUACCGAUCGCGACGCAUAUUGGAACAAAUAUGUUGAGCAACCCAUUGAAGACUACGACUGGGGAGAGAACAAAAGAACCGUCAGCGAAUAUCCCCAGGCGAGGGGCUACAACGGCUUGAUGGGGCGAGUAUCGUGGGCUGCAAUUCGAGAGGUUGAUCAGGCACUCUCGGCAUGGAAAUCCAAGCAUGAGACAACACUUCCAAAGCUCCUGAGGGAGCCAGAGGGGAAGUUUGUGUCGCUUCGCGCUUCACUGCUCAGCACUAUCGACGAUGGAUUACGCGCUUUCGUGGCCAGAUCAGACUACCGGCAAGAUGUUUUCGCCGCAAAGAGGGAGGGAACCCUAAUGAGACUAGAAAGUAUACGGCGGGCACGAACGACAGGACCGGCGGCCAACGGAUCCCAGGACGAUAAUCCGACAGGGGCGACUGAUGAUAUGCUAACCAGAGUUCUUCAAUCAAUGGACCCGAUUAACAUCCAUUUUCUGUGA